GCGCCUUUACUGUUUCUUGCUGGCUGGUUGUCAUCACUUUUCGCACGCAAGCCAGUAGACCCCACCCUACUGCUGCUGUAUUCUGACCCUGUUCUGACCCUGUACCCCCCCCCUUCCCUCCCGCACACACACAAGAAAGGGAGCAGCGAGGUACAGCCUGCAACCCCCACCCUACCAGGCAGUAUGACGCGCGCUGCCCUCGUCCUCGCGCUCAUCGCGCUGCUUGGCGCUUGCGCUUCAGCCUUUAACAUCCAGGACACGAAAGUGACAGUGACUGAAAGCGAUCGCGCCGUGUACAUCAACGUUGACCCAUCCUCCACUGGCGAAAUUGUCACCUUCCGCACCAGCGAUGUCUCUGCCUCCUCUGACACCUCGGGCGCCAUGUCCUUGGCGUUUAUUGAGAGUGGACGGGUGGACACCAAUGUCGGCACGGCUGCGACGUUCUUCACGGUGGACACGCGAACGUUCAUGGCCACGGCAAACGCCAACGGCAACAACGUCCUUGUGUACCUGUUUGACGGCGCGGACUUCAAUCUGGUGCAGAGCAUCCCGGCCACAGCACCAAGCGCCGUGGACGUGUUCACUGCGGCCUCCAACGGUGAGACAUACAUUGUCAUCGCCAACGCCCAGGACGCGCAGACGCAGUCGGAGAUGUUCCGCUUCAACGCUCAGACUUACGCCUUCACGUCCGUGCAGACCUUCGACACGUCGUUUGCUGCCGAUGCCAAGGUCUUCGAGCACACCACAGCCGACGGCACGAGCCUCACGUUUCUCGCCUUUGCCAACUUCAAGGACAUUGGCCUCGACCUCACCAACUACGAGACAGACUCUGCCGUGUACCUGUGGAACCCCACCUUCAACCGCUUUGACUUUCUCCAGCACGUGCCCACCGCGGGCGCAGUCAAGGUGGAGACCUUCACCUACAGCGGCAGCCUCUACCUCAUCUUCGGCUGCCAGGGGGAGUACCUGAUGCAGCUGAGCCUGACGAAGCCCCUCAACUACAACGUCGAGUCCCGCGUGUACAAGUUCGACGCAGCCGCCCUCCAGUUCACCGCCACCAGCGCCUCCAUCAGCACCACGGGCCUCGUCGACCUCACCACCUUUGUCAGCCAGGACGGCACGCUGCUCCUCGCAGCCGCACAGGGCGUCAACAGAACAGACACGUCUGCGCAGUCCAACACCCAGCUCCCCAUCGCCAUCACCACCGUGGGCAGCGGCAUCCGCUUCUACGAGUGGAUCCCAGACAUUGACCUCCUCUCCUUUGUGGAAACCUACGACGUGUUUGCGCCCUCCGCACUCGACGUGUUCUACGGCGGCGCAAACGGUGACACCCCGUACCUCCUCGUCACCACCCGCGGCAGCGAGAGCGACCCCACAAACACGUCCUCGCACUCCAUCCUCCUCACCCAGAGCGCGGUGUCCCAAGACCUGUUCUACCAGGUCGCCUCCUUCCCCACGCACUCGGCCGUCGCCGUCGCGUCCACUGUCAUCGAUUCUGUCCGCUACGCCGUCGUCGUUUCGCAGCAGCUGCAGGACACACUCGUGCGCGGCGCCCUCACGGAGGCCACCAUCUCUGCCCAGCCCACCACCUCCAGCAUCUUCGCCAUCGUGCAGGAGGGCCAGGACUACACGGCCCGCGCCGGGUCCAUCAUCUUCGACUCCCCAGACACGGUCGCCCUGCCCAUCUACAUCACUUCAACCCCGGGCGAGCAGGAGCCAACGGAGUUCUUCACCGUCACCCUCACGUCCUUGGCCGCGGCAGACAACACCACCACCGUCACCGUGUACAUCGAGGGCGACCUCGACAACACCCUCGACGUGCAGUACGACGCCGGCGCGGACGUGCGCGACGACCAGGUCUACAUCACCGAGGAGGAGCACCCCGUCCCCUUGACGGUUGCCACCUUCUCCAUCCCCGGAUUCACGGGCACCCUCCUGUGCACGUUGGACACGGACGCGCCAGAGUUCCAGGUCUCCGGCACCACGCUCAAGGUGAUUGCGCCGCUUGACCGCGAGGCACAGGACCUCUUCGUGCUCCCCAUCACGUGCAUGGGCUUUCCCAGCACCACGGGCGUGUCUGCGCAGGCGUACAUCAUCGUCAACGUCAUGGACAUCAACGACAACCCGCCAGAGUUUGCCGGCAUCAAUUCCGGCAUCGCCACCAAGCGCGUCACGGAGGGCACACCCGCCGACUUCCUCGUCUACACCUACGAGGUCACGGACGCCGACCUCACCAUGAGCGUCAACUUCUCCAUCAUCAGCAUCCGCACCGCAAGCAACGAGGUCGACUACACGGGGCCCACCCCCAUCUACCUCGACCCGCUCACGGGCCAGCUCUACACCGCCCGCGUCUUCGACCGGGAGACGGACGGCGACGAGUUCUUCUUCACCCUGCAGGUCACCGACACGCAGGACCCGACCCAGUUUGCCCUCGUUGACGACCGUCUCUUCAUCGCCGACCUCAACGACAACGCGCCCGUGUUCUCGCAGAGCGUGUACGCCGUGUCCAUCCCAGAGACGUUCAGCACGUCCACCAGCCUUGCCCCGCGCUCCGGGCCAGGCACCAUCUUCGGUGACGUCAUCUUCACCAACAUUGCCGCAACGGACCAAGACGCCAGCGACAACGCCAGAAUCUCCUUCAGCAUCACAGACGGCAACUUUGCGGUGGAGGGCGGCAACGAGUUCUUCAACAUCGACCCCGACACCGCCGUCGUGGACGUCAUUGCACGCCUCAACUACGAGGUCCCCAGCGAGCGCCACUUCAACCUCACCAUCCGCGCCUGUGACUAUGGCCCAGACCUCCCCGACGACCCGUUCGGCCAGCAGUGCAGCGACGCCAUCCUCUCCGUCCAGGUCACCGACCUCAACGACAACCCGCCCGUGCUGGACACCAUCGACAUGUCCGCUGGCGUGGAGAAGGUUGGCCUCUACUACAGGAUCACCGAGGCGACCGACAACACGCAGAUCCUCCAGGUGCACGCCACAGACGCCGACGGGCCGAACAACAACCACAUCGUGUUCAACAUGGAGGGCAUUGUCGGCACCGCCACGUCCGGCUUCAACGCCUCCUCCACGGGCACCGUCACCGUCUACGACCCCGUCCCGGGCGUGUACAACCUCCAGAUGAUGAUGACCAACGACGGCGUGGGCACGCUCGCGCCGCAGCUGGUGCCCUUCACCAUCUACAUGUACGUGUUUGAUCUCCCCGCCAUCACGGCGCCGUCCUCCAUCUCCGUGGCGGAGAACGUCACAGCCACAGACGUCCUGGCGACGGUGUCUGCCAUGGUCACCGUCAUCGACAGCACCUUCCCCACCUUCUCCUACACCAUUGUGGGCGGCAACGAUCUGGGCAAGUUUCAGCUCGCCGAAGGGUCCGGCACCCUGACCCUCGCCCCAGGCCAGACCCUCGACUACGAGACAGACCCGCACUCGUACGCCAUCACCGUGCGCGCUCGCGACAUCACCACCACCCUGGACCGCUUCAGCGAGGCCACCAUCAACAUUGAGCUCACGGACGUCAACGACGUCACCCCCGUCAUCGCUGCCGUGCCGGCCAUCCCCACUUUUGCGGAGGACGAUGCGCUGUCGACCAGCGCCUUUGCCCAGCGCGACGUGGCGCAGCUACAGGUGACCGACGCCGACACCAACACCGUGCUCACGUACACCAUCGACAGCGUGACGGCGACGAGGCGCGUCUCUGGCGUGGACGAGUCCCUCCCGUCGGCCUUCAGCAUCACAUCCACGGGUCUUCUGCAGACGGCCCAGCCCAUCGACGCAGAGCAGCACUCGCAGUUUGCCGUCGUCGUGCGGGUGUCGGACGGCGUCAACAGCGCCACCGCUACCAUCAGCAUCGCCAGCGUCACCAACGUCAACGAUGUGGAGCCCGCGUUUGGCCAGCCCAUCUACCAGGCCACCCUCUCCGAGACCACCGCUGUCGGUGAGGUGGUCGUCACCCUUGCUGCGGACGACCUGGAUUUCGAGCAGGCGUCCCCGCUCGUCUUUGCCAUUGUGCCACAGGCUGCAACGACGGACCCGGAGAACGGCGGAUCCAGCAACUUUGCCGUUGACGCCAGCACGGGCGCAAUCACCCUUGCCAGCGCCCUGGACUACGAGGCCUUCAAGAUGCACCGCUUCACCGUGACCGUCUCGGACGGUCGCAGCGAGGACUCUGCUGUGGUCGAAGUGCGCGUGUCCAACACCAACGAGGCCGCCCCCGUGUUUGGCGGCUUUGACCGUGCCGUCGCCAUCCCCGAGGACACGGCCGUCCACACGGUCGUGUUCACGGCCACGGCCACGGACGCCGACCGCAACGACACCGUCUACUUCUCCCUUGUCACAAACGACGGCCAGUUUGCCGUUGACGAGCGCACGGGCGUGGUCACCACCGCUGCUGCCUUUGACCGCGAGACCACCGCCUCGUACAGGCUGGUGCUGCGCGCCUCCGAUCGCGCCAACGCCUCUGGCCUCCUCACCAUCACCGAGGUUCUUGUCACCAUCACCGACGUGAACGACAACACGCCCCAGUUUGUCACGCAGAGCGUGUUUGACGUUGCUGAGAACGCUGCUGUGGGCACGCUUGUGGCCAAGGUGGUGGUGACGGACCAGGACGAGGGCGUCAACGCCGCCCUGGCGUACAGCCUGCAAGGCCCUGACGCGGACAAGCUCAGCAUCGACGCCAGCGGCAACGUCACCGUCAACACGGCCAACGCCACAGACAUUGACCGGGAGACGCAGAGCACCCUCGUCUUUGACGUUGUUGUCACAGACCUCGGCAGCGCCCCCAACACCAACCGGGUCACCCUCACCGCCAAUGUGCUUGAUGUGAACGACAACACACCGCAGCUGCAGGUGUCCGAACCCAGCCUCAGCCUCACCAUGCUCGAGUCCACCACGGCCAACACGGAGGUGGCACGCUUCAGCGCCACGGACGCCGACGCCACCAGCCCACACCGCCAGGUCUCGUUUGGUCUCGCCGGCACGGACGCGUUCACGAUCGAGGCCUACACGGGCCGCGUGCUGCUUGCGCGCAGCCUCGACUUUGAGGCCAUGGGCCCGGGCCCCAUUUCCUUCACGGUCACGGCGACGGAUGGUGGCCUCACAAGCGCCCCAUACCCGGUCACGGUCGAGCUGCAGGACGUCAACGACGUCGACCCCGUGCUUGGUGAUGUGCUGGCGCCGCUCACAGUGCGAGAGGAGCGCUCCUCCGCCAUCAUCGGCACCAUCCCGGCCUCGGACGCGGAUGUCGUUGAUGACGGCCAGCUUCGCUUCUCCAUCGUCGCCACUGACCCGGCGUUUGUGCAGGCACGCAUUGAGAUUGACGAGGUGACCGGUGAGCUGAGCACGAGCGCGGGCGCAGUGAUUGACCGUGAGGAGGUGGAGGGCGGCCUCGACGCCUUCACCGUCACCGUCCAGGUUGUGGACUCUGGCGCGCGCACAGCCACGCGCGAGUACACCGUCUCUGUGACGGACAUCAACGACAAGCGGCCCGUGUUUGACACCUCCGUGUACAUGGCCAACGUCCAGGAGAACCUUGCCGGUGGCACCUUUGUGACCACGGUGCAGGCGACGGACGGCGACCGCGCAGGCACGGCCUUUGCCACCAUCGCCCGCUACACCAUCAGCGGCGACAGCCUUGCCCUGUUCCAGAUUGACGCGAGCACGGGCGUCAUCACCACGACGCGCCAGCUCAACGCCGAGGCCCCGCUGCACGUGCCGGAUGGCGGCUACAGCUUCACCGUUACCGCCUACGACGGCGCCAGCCCACUUCCGCUCUCCGGCAGCGCCACCGUCCGCGUCUAUGUGCAGGACGUGAAUGACAUGCCGCCCCAGUUCCCGCCAGGCACUCAGCGGGCGCCAGACUUCAGCGAGGGCAACGCCGCCGGCACGGUGCUGACGACGGUGCAGGCCACGGACGCCGACCGCACGACGGAGUACAACACCGUCUCCUACAGCAUUGUCACGGACCCGACCGGCGCGUUUGCCGUGCGCGCCAACGGCGACAUCUACUCCACGAGCGAGGUUGAUCGCGAGGAGUUCCCCAACGAGGUGUGCAUCACCGUGCAGGCGGAUGACGGCGACUUCCAGGUCAACACCGAUGUGUGCUUCAACGUUGGCGACAUCAACGACGAGACGCCCGUCUUCAGCACGCCGCCGCAGCAGACAUUCAACGUGACGGAGGAUACGCCUAUCGGCACCGUUGUGGGCCGCGUCAUGGCUGCUGACGCAGACAAGCCCAACACGCCCGCUUCCACCAUCACCUACUCGCUCGUUGGACCGCAGACUACGUUCGACAUUGACGCGUCCUCCGGCAACAUCAUCCUCGUUGAGGCUCUGGACCGCGAGACCAAGAACGCGCACUUCCUGCGCGUCCGCGCAACCGACGGCGGCGGCCUCUCUGCGGACCUGGACUACGUCAUCGUUGCCGUGCUCGAUGUGAACGACAACGCACCAAGCUUCACCAGCGCCCUCGCGUACACCGUCUCCGAGGGCUUCAACGUCUCCCUGCCGCUGUUUGUUGCAACGGCAGAGGACGACGACCUCCCCAACGACGACAACUCCCGCAUUGCCUUCUCCCUUGCACCUGGCUCGCUCACAGACGCCAACACGGGCACUGCCAUCCCCGACAACAUGCUUUCCAUCCGCGUGGAGGCAGAUGGCCGCGUGUUUGCCAACAGCGCCCUGAACCGCGAGGCCUACCAGGCCUUCUCCUUUGACCUUGUUGCCAGCGACUUUGGCACGCCCCAACUGCAGGCCACAGCCACGAUCACCGUCACCCUCUCCGACGAGAACGACAACGCACCCGUGUUUAGCAACGCCACGUACAUGUUCAGCCUCGCCGAGGAUGUGUCGCUGGGUGUGUUUGGCAGCGUGUCUGCCACGGACGCAGACACGGGUGUGAAUGCGCUGAUCGAGUACACGCUGCUGACCAGCACGGGCCUGUUUGCCAUCGACGCCGCCACGGGCGACCUCUCGCUCACUGCCGCCCUGGACUACGACGUGCCUCCUCAGAUGUACACCCUCACGGUGGAGGCCAGUGACGGCGGCGCACCGUCCAUGGCCACCACGACGACCGUUGUCGUGCACGUGCUCGACGUCAACGACAACGCCCCCGUGCUCUCGCGCUCCGUGUAUCACGCCGUCGUCGACGAGAACAUGCAGGGCGCCAGCACGGUCAUUGCCAACAUCUCUGCCACGGACGCGGACAGCGGUGCGUUUGGUGCUGUCUCCUACAGCGUGGACAUGGGAGCGUCCGACGCCGCGUGCGCCAGCCUGAGCCUCGACGCGUCCUCCGGCGCCGUCACGGUCGACGUGGCCUUCAACCGCGAGGAGCUCACGUGGGUCAACUGCACCGUUGUUGCCUCCGACGGCGGCAACCCUGUGCCAAUGACCAGCACGGCUGCGCUCAGCGUGCGCGUGCGUGAUGUCAACGACGUUGCGCCCGUGUUCACGCCCGCAGGUCCCGUUGACCUGACCCUUGCCGAGAACAACGCGGCGCCGUCCACGCUUUACCAGUUGUCUGUUUCCGACCAGGACACCGUCGGCACCGUGGCGCUGUCGCUCGACAACGACUUUGGUGGGCUGUUUACCAUCAGCGAGAGCAACGAGCUGCAGGUCACGCGCAGCCUCGACUACGAGGCGGACCAGCGCAUGUACUCGUUCUCUGUUCGCGCCUUUGAUGGCGUGCAGGAGACGUUCCUGGACGUGAACGUGGACCUGACCAACGAGAACGACAACAAUCCCGAGUUUACCCAGCAGUUUGUGUACCGCGUGGUGCAGGAAGGCACUGCGGCGCGCACUGUGGUUGCCCAUCUUGUGGCCAACGACCGCGAUGAGGCCGCCAGCCCCGCGGACGUGGUGUACUCCAUUGUUGCACCGGGCACGCCUUACUUUGCCGUCGACGCAGACCUUGGUACCGUGCACACGACAGACGUCGCCAUCGACUACGAGAUGACGCAGACGAUCAACUUCACCGUACAGGCCGCAGAUGCCGGCGGUCGCAUCGGCACCGUCGACAUUCAAGUUGCCGUGGAGGACAUCAACGACAACGAUCCCGUGUUCCAGAACGCGGGCACAUACGCCAUCAGCGUGGACGAGAACACGCCCGUCGGUACAGAGGUUGAGCGCGUGCUUGCUCUGGACGCCGACUCUGGCGUCUUUGGCGCUGUCGUGCAGUACGUGACAGACUCGGCGCUGUUUGUGGUGGACAACUCUGGCGUGAUCACGCUGGGCGCGGCCCUGGACUAUGAGGACGACAUGCUGUUGAAGAGCUUCACCAUUGAGGUGUUUGCUGUGGACGGCGGCAACCGCCAGACGUCCGUCACCAUCGCCGUCACCAUCAACGAUCUCAACGACAACCCAACCGUGUUUGACGACAGCACAUACACGGGCAGCGUCCCCGAGCACUCGAGCAUGGGAACGCACGUGAUUCGCCACAUCCGCCUCUCUGACGCCGACACGGUUGUCACCAGCUACUCCCUCUCUGUCCGCGCCAUGGCCGGGGAUGAGGACACGGAGAGCCUCUUUGCGGUGCAGGGGGUGGCUGUGGUGUUUGUGGGCAGCCCCGCUGCGCUUGAUCGCGACACGCGGGAGGAGUACCGCUUCUGGCUCGUCGUCACAGACGCGGAUGGCCAAGAGGACACGGCGAUGGCCGUGGUCACGCUCACGGACAUCAACGACAACGCACCAGAGUUCUCCCAGGCCCAGUACAGCGUGUCGCUGGCGGAGAGCAGGCCGCUUGGGCGCGUGUUUGCGGGCAUCAGCGCCACAGAUGCAGACGCCGGCGCCAACGCGGCCAUCACGUACGCUAUUGUUGGUGGCAACGAGGAGGACCGCUUUGCCAUCGACGACGUGACCGGCGAGCUGAGCCUCGUGGCCAGCCUCAACUUUGAAGCCACCACGUCGUACGUGCUCACGGUGCAGGCGAGCGACGCCGGCAGCCCCAUGCCGCAGUCCUCCACCGCCAGUGUGGCCAUCACCGUGCUCGACGUCAACGACAACGCGCCCGUGUUCACGCCGGCCGCGCCGUCCAUGAUAGUGUAUGAGAACGAGGAGGCUGGCCCCGUCAUUGGCGUGCUUGCAGCAACAGAUGCAGACUCGUAUGCCGGUGGCGAGGUGCAGCGCUUCGAGCUGGUCGGGGAAUCGGACGAUUUUGCCGUGGAUGCAGUCACCGGUGCCGUGCGCGCGCUGCGCACGUUUGACCGCGAGCAACAGAACCAGUACAGCGUGACGGUGCGUGUGUAUGACGAUGGUGCACCAGCGCAGCUGUGGUCUGACACCGAGCUGCGCAUCUUCGUGGGCGACAGGAACGACAACGCGCCCGAGUUUGGCUGCCCCAAGGCCGGCAUGGCCGUGACUGAGGCUGCGCAGGUUGGCGACGUGUUUGCCACCAUUCGCGCGUACGACGCGGAUUCGUCCUCCACUGUCACUCACACCAUCACCGCAGGCAACUGCGAGGGCACAUUUGGCAUCUCCCAGUACACGGGCAAGCUGUAUCUGCGCAAGCCCUUGAACCGUAAGCAGGCGGCCCAGUACGAGCUGCAGGUGACCGCCAGCGAUGGUACCUUCUCCAACGUGCAGACGGUGACGGUGCUGGUUGACAUGAGCGACAUCAACCGCAUGAAGCACGUGCUGAACCAGGUUAUGGGCAUCCACUCUGGCGUGUUUUCUGCCGUUGACCUGUUUGAGGAGUAUCCGUCCUACGAGAACCUCGGCACGCUGCCCUCCACCACCUCCCACAUGAUGACAACAACGUCAAUGGACGCCACCAGCAGCAGCACCACCACCACAACAGCAGCAGCAACAACAACAACAACGACGAUGAUGAUGACGACAACCUCGACAACGACGACCACGCCAACUACCGCUGCGACGACUACCACGAUGGUGAAUGCAACGACCACCAUGACGACAGCUGGGACAACUACAACCACGACUACAACAGCGACUACAACCACGACCACGACGGCUGAUGCAAUGUCCACCACGACAACCACGACGAUGGCUGGAACAACCACGACGAUGGCUGGAACAACCACGACCACCACAGCAGAUGCCACGACCACAACUACAACUACAACUACAACAGAUGAUGCAAUGUCCACCACGACAACUACAACUACAACUACAACUACAACUACAACUACAACUACAACUACAACAGAUGAUGCAAUGUCCACCACGACAACUACAACUACAACUACAACUACAACUACAACUACAACUACAACUACAACAGAUGCCACGACCACAACGACCACGACAACGACAGAGACGGACGCUGCAACAAUUCUGGCCAUUGAUACUGUGCCUGGCACAGGGUCAGAUGGAGACUCCAACGUGUACUGGUGCUCCACCACGGCUGUCUAUGAGGGUCAGUGGGGCAACUGCGACAUCUACGACGCUUUCAUUGUGCAAGACGACAAGCUGUACUCCCAGGAGUCCAUGCUUGAGGCUCCAAGCAAGAUUGUCGCGUUCCAGGAUGAGAUCAUUGCCAUUCAGCCACAAGGUGCAGCCAGCACCAUCGAGUUUGUGCAGGAAGACGGCCAGGCCAUUGCCAACAUUGUGGAUGUGACGUCCAACUACGGACGGGCCGCCUCUGUUGCGGUCUUCAUCACCACGGACGCAUCCCUGCCAUCCACCGUGCUCGUGCGCGUGUCUGGCACAGUCGUCCUCACCAUUGAGAUCCGCGCACCGCCGUCAAGCACCACCGUGCCGGAGAACCCCGUGUUCACCGUGAGCGGCGCCCUGUGCGUGUUCCCGUUUGUGCUCAACGGCACGGUGUACAACAGCUGCACCUGCGAUAUUGUCGGCCAGUACUGGUGCGCCACAGACCGCUCCCUGCAGGUGCAGGAGGCGUGGGACUACUGCGACCCGGCAUACCUGCCCAGUGAUGCGCCAGAAUGCCCGCUGUCGGCAGCCGCCAGUGGCCUCAAGCUCUCCGCGCCAAAGUCUGAAACUCAGACAAACAGCAACGGCGAUGUCAGCAGUGACAACAGCAGCAGCAACUCGUCGCGUGCAGCCCUUGCGCUACCGGCGACGCUUGGUGUCAUUGCGGCCGUGCUCGUGGUCGCGCUCGCCGCCGUCUACAUCAAGUCGGGCCGCCGCGCAAAGUUUGCCACCCCAGUUGAGCGCCUCAAUGACGAUUGCGACGACAGUCUGUCUGCAGCGCCAGAGUUUUCGGAGCUGACGGCAGUGUAUGAUGACGGCGAGCUCAUGCCCCCGACCGAGCCGCGCCGCGCCUUUACCUUUGCCUCCCAAGUCACCGAAUCACAAGUCUAA